AUGUCUCUCCAUAGAAGUGUCUUUAUCCGCCGUCCUUUGGUAGAGGAGGCGAAGAAUGUAUAUACCAUCCGCACAACAAAUCCUCAACAACAAAAAAGUAUAGAAGCACUCGAGGCGAAGCGUGAGAGUCGAAACAGGGAUGCGGCGCAGCAAUCGUUUCUCAUAGGUGUAGCGAAGACGAUGGGGAUGACCGUCACCCUCCACCGGUUAUUGAAGAAAGGUACAACGUCUUCCCAGAUCUUUCUAGUCGAGUCCAUUGCUUUAAACGGACGGACACUCUUCUCUGAAAAGGACCUUCCUGUCCUUCAAGAAAGUUCACAAGACAGAAAACGGCGAAUGGUUGAUUGUUUGACGAACGACGCGUUUAUUAAUAUUCUGCAAGAGACGGGGAAGAUAAGCUUCUUUGAGAGAAAAGGACGGACCAAAGAUGCUGAGCAAAAUCCACUUGUCUUAGUCGACAAGAACUUCUUGGCAAUGAACCUUUGGACUAAUUUGAAAUUCACACGACUGUCGUUAGUGAUAGUGGACAACAUGAGAUUUCUCCCGAUCGAUAUUCUUAAGGAGGGGUUGGCUAUUAA